CCGGCAGUCGGCGGGUGACCGAGGAUGCGGCGGCCGCGAGCGCACAGCACAGCAGCCGCGGCGGGACUGCAGUGACGCGACACAGGAGUGCCCGCUGCUGCAAUGCAUCCCCGAGUGCAAACUUGCUUGCUUCUCCUCGUCGGGGUGCUGACCAGUCCCGGCACGGGUGGAACGAUUGGCAACAGGGACGACCGUAUACACUUUGACAGUGCAGUUGGCGCAGAUCCUUCAGGUGACGACCCACAAGUGAAUCACCCACUUUGGAAGACCAGGCCUGGAAGCUCCCACCUACAAAAUGUCAGGGCCAGCAGUCCAGGAGUUGGAGGAGCAGAGCAGUCCAGGUUCACACCAGAGCAGGCACCCACCAACAGUGCACUGCUGCACACCUCUCCUGGGUUGGCCCAGCAGCUGGGGAACACAGAACCACCAAUGGUAUACAAGCCCCUGCUGGACGAAGAUCAGCUCGUUGCAUUCGAACUCAACAAGCUGAAGACGACCCUGCCGCCACCAACCACCAUUUCUGGAGAGGUAACUGCUCCUGUUGCUGUAGCAGUGUCCGACCAGCCUGAAGGCGAUGCAGACAUCUCGUCGCAGCUGGCAGAGCUGCUCAAAAGCAUUCUGAGCGAGUCCGCAGUCCAAGGAAAAUCGACGACGCUGCGACCGAGGCAGCCUCCCAGAGUUGACGUCACAUCAACUGGCAAACCACCCAAAAUCCACGAGUUCCGCCCACAACUAGAAGACGACCUGAAGAGUGUCCUCAAGCUCAAACCACGAGAGCCGCAACUCAAUGCUACCGUCCACCUGCCUCCGCUGCAAACUGCAAAGGUGCAUGUGAAUGACACCGAAGAGGACUUGAAACACAUUCUUCCGACUCUCGAGGAGACCCUUGGCUGUAUUUUGGAAGACAGUGAGGCCGAGGUACUUACCUCGACCAUCCGGCCAGUACUGCCACCAGUACAUCCGACAAUGACGGGCAGCAAGCAACCGCCGUACACGACGGAUGUGCCACCGACUGAUGUUGCAGAGGACUUGAAACACAUUCUUCCAUCUCUCGAAGAGGUACUCGGUGGCAUUUUGAAGGACAGUGAGGCUAAAGUACCUACCACAGCCGGUCAGUCAGUGAUACCACCAGCACGUCCAACAAUGACAGACAGCAAUCGACCGCUGCAAACAACGAAGGUGCCACCGACUGAUGCCGAUGAGGAUUUGAAACACAUUCUUCCGACUCUCGAGGAGGCACUCGGCAGCAUCUUGAAAGACAGCGACGUUAAGGUACCUACCACAACCAGUCUGUCAGUGAUACCACCAGCACGUCCAACAAUGACAGACAGCAAGCAACCGCUGCAAAUGACAAAGGUGCCACCGACUGAUGCCGAUGAGGACUUCGAGCACAUUCUUCUAGCUCUUGAGGAGGCAGUUGGCAGCAUCCUGAAGGACAGUGGGGCUGGAAUAGCUAUCACAACCAAUCAGUCGGUGGUACCAUCAGCACAUCAGGCAACAACUGACACUAAACGACUGCUGCAGACAACAGAGGGGCCACUGACUAGUGCCGAAGAGGACUUGAAACACGUUCUUCCGGUUCUUGAGGAGGCACUUGGCACCAUCUUGAAGGACAGUGUUGUCAAAGUACCUACCACGACAAGCCGGCCAGUGUUACCACCAUUAUAUCCGACAACAACAGACAAAAGACAACACUUUUCAGUAGUCCGGCCCACUCUGGAGAAAACUCUGUUGGAGCAGGAAGCAACUGCCCAACAGCACACUUCUCCACCAUUUGUCUGGCAACACAGACCACCGAAAAAAAAGGAUUACAGUUUUGAUAACUUCCUGCCAGAGUAGGAGUGAGUGUUCAGGGAUAUUUUGCAUAACCAUAAAUCCAAUCAUAAUGCCACAUUCCCAUACACAGCUGAAGCUACGAGCACUACGAAAACGCCUAUCAUUUCUGUGUCAGGACCCACAGAACAGCAACUGUUCUCCCAAAAUAACUUAACAUAUGUUCCACAGUGCAAUCGGCUCGUCUUCAGAUAAGGAGCUUCUCUUCCAGGCAGGUAAACCUAUCUUGCAGGAUGUGCUCAACACCCAGAAUUUGAGCCAAACAAACAGUGGGCACAGUUAUGAAAUGUUAGAGUGACACUGGCACACACUGUGAACCAGAUAGCUACUGCCAGAUGGGGUUAAGCUGACAGAAAAGUUGAAAUGGUUUGAGAUUUAAAAAAAUUCCCAAACCCAAUGAUUGGUAGAAGGGAAGAUUAUUUUAUUUUGAAGUUAACACGUUGUGGUUUAAUGUACAGUGAACACUAUUUGUGUAUGUUCACAAAGCAAAUUUGUGAUAAUAUUUUCUUGUUCUUAACCUUUCUUUGUAUGUUACUCUGAAAUUAGUAUUACAAUUUGUCAUCAUGUCAGAUUUAUUUUUCAAUUAUUGAUAAGUUUCCGAACAAUUGAGGUGCUGAGAACCAUAAGGACCUUCAUUCAUUUUAAGAUUGUAACAUGCAUUUGUUGAUCUUAUAGUGAACCUGCUUUGUCUAUAUCUGUAAUCCCACACUGUGUAUAUUUAACACCCACAAAAAGCUGUCUCGACAAUUUCUCAGAUAUUCAUUUCCAUAUGGCCCAAAGCACAAAGCAAAAUGUUGUUGCUCUGCGCUGUUCAAUUGUUAUUUAUGGUUGACAACAUAAUUUAGCAUCAACAUCAUGUAAGCAAGAGUAAUGCUUCAUAAGUAGAGGUAUAUCGGCAAUUUUAUCUGAACCUCAAGCACAGCUUGUGCUUAAUUAAUCUUAUGAUAGCGAGGACCAUGAAGGUUGGAAUAGGUCAUAAUAAUGUGUGUGUAGUGUUUUUCUGUCUGUUCUUUAUGUUUUGAUUUUAGUUUCACAUUAAUUAAUUAAAAACUUACGAAUUGUCAAAAGAUACAGUUGUCAGUAGCCUAUAUCUGGAAAAUUUGCUAAUUAACAUUAAUAACAAAUAUAUUCUUAAAUAUUAAUUAAUAUUUCAUAACAAAGUAGUCACAUUAUUUUUUUCAUACGGAGUAGUUGAUAAGUCUGUUAAAAAAAAUUUCAGGCCUAUGAGACUUCUGGGUUGUCUACAAAAUUUAAUUUUCAAAAACAUCUGUUUUUCCCAAAACUUUGUUUCUGUGAUUUGGGUCCUUAUUGUUCUCAGUGCCUCAAUAAAAGUCACCCUAGUCACAAACAAUUAUUACAUAACAGAUUAUCAGUCAAAUUACAGUGUUGCUGAAGUUCACAGAUGCAAUUAGUAUUUUAAUUUUUUUUAAUUUGAUACAGCAAACAGUGAUAAAGACCAUAUGUUUUAUUACUACAGCUCAAUACACAUGCUCUGAAAGAAAAACCAAUAUAUUAAUUUUAUUGGUUUUAUAAAUAUUUAGAUUUAAAGUCCAAAACCAGUCAACUUGUCCCAUUUGAUGGAGUGAAGUUAUUUAUUAAUAAAGGACCAUUUUUCAAUAAAAA